AAGUGUCGCCAUGGCGGAAGUUUCUCGGGGAAGCGUUUGCAUCUAGGACACUUCCUGUUUCCUAGUAACAAUAGGAAGUGUCUGCGGAGCUGGAGGUUGACUCCUGUCUGGCCUUGGCCCCUCUACCAGAAGAAGAUGCUGCUGCCACUUGUCUGCUCCUCCUGAACCUCCAGGUUUCUGCCACAUUGCCCCAUGGAGGACACACCCCCCUCACUCAGUUGCUCUGACUGUCAGCGCCACUUUCCUAAUCUUCCGGAACUGUCACGGCACCGAGAACUACUCCAUCCAUCUCCCAAACAGGACAGUGAGGAGGCUGACAGCAUCCCUAGGCCCUACCGCUGUCAGCAGUGUGGGCGGGGCUACCGUCAUCCAGGGAGCCUUGUCAACCACCGCCGAACCCACGAGACUGGCCUUUUUUCUUGCACCACCUGUGGCAAGGACUUCACUAAUCCCAUGGCUCUCAAGAGCCACAUGAGGACUCAUGCUCCUGAGGGGCGUCGCAGGCAUAGGCCCCCUCGUCCCAAGGAAUCCACUCCAUGCCUUCAGAGUGAGACAAUAUCCACUGACUCUUGGGGCCAGAGACUUGGCCCUGGGAAAGGCUGGGGAAACCAGACAAAACAUGCAGAAGAGACACCUAACUGUGAAUCUGGACCUGACUCCAGGAUAGCUCUUAGCACUUGGGAGGAUCCACCCACCAGACAAAGAGAAGGCUGGGAAAGCCAACCAGAUCCUGAGGAGGGUGUAGAGAGCUGGGGGCCUACCACUGACUCUGCUAGAGCCCCACCUCUACCCAUCCCUGCCAACAGCCUCCUUAGCAAUUUGGAACAGUAUUUGGCCGAAUCAGUAGUGAACUUCACUGGGAGCCAGGAGCCUUCCCAAUCUCCUUCUGCUGAGGAGGAGCGGCGUUACAAGUGUAGUCAAUGUGGCAAAACCUACAAGCAUGCUGGGAGCCUCACCAACCAUCGCCAGAGCCACACCCUGGGCAUCUACCCUUGUGCCAUCUGCUUUAAGGAGUUCUCUAACCUCAUGGCUCUAAAAAACCACUCCCGACUCCAUGCCCAAUAUCGGCCUUACCAUUGUCCCCACUGCCCCCGUGCCUUCCGGCUCCCCCGGGAGUUGCUAGAACACCAGCAGUCCCAUGGGGGUGAAAAGCGGGAGCAAUCAUGGGAAGAAAAAGGGAUACCCACCACCAAUGGGCACACAGAUGAGAGCAGUGAGGACCAGGUCCCUAGUACCCAGAUGGUGAAUGGCUCUGGGGAGCUCAGUACCUCUGGGGAACUGGAGGACAGUGGCCUGGAGGAAUACCGGCCUUUCCGCUGUGGGGACUGUGGCCGUACUUACCGCCAUGCUGGGAGCCUUAUCAACCAUCGAAAGAGCCACCAGACAGGUGUCUAUCCCUGCUCAAUCUGUUCCAAACAGUUAUUCAAUGCGGCUGCCCUCAAAAACCAUGUGCGGGCUCAUCACAGACCCCGGCAAGGAACUGGGGAAGAUGGGCAACUCUCAGUGCCACCAGCUACCCCACUGCUGGCUGAGACUUCCCACAAAGAGGAAGAGGUCCCAACCACUACCCUGGACCAUCGCCCUUAUAAGUGCAAUGAGUGUGGUCGGGCUUACCGUCACCGGGGAAGCCUGGUAAACCACCGCCACAGCCAUCGGACAGGGGAAUACCAGUGCUCACUAUGUCCCCGCAAAUACCCCAAUCUCAUGGCCCUGCGCAACCAUGUACGGGUACAUUGCAAGGCUGCGCGCCGAAGUGCAGACCCAGGAACUGAGGGUCCUCCCAAUCACCUCAAGGUGGAACUCCCACUUGAGCCAGCAGAAGCAGAGGCAGCCCCACACACAGAUCAGGGGCAUGUGUGCAGACAUGAAGAGCAAACUACUAACAUUCCCCCAACAGCAGAUGGAAGAGCACCACAAAAAGAUAGCUGUGGGAUGCUCUCUCAAAACUCUGAGAACCUUGAACAUCAUGGCCUGAGUUCUGGGGCAGGGGAAGAUAGCAGAACAGAGACCAAGGAAUCUCCUCCUCGAGCAUUUUCCUGCCGAGACUGUGGCAAGAGCUAUCGCCACUCAGGCAGCCUUAUCAACCACAGGCAGACCCACCAGACCGGGGACUUCAGUUGUGGAGCCUGUGCCAAACACUUUCACACUAUGGCUGGCCUGAAAAAACACUUGCGGCGACACAGUCGGCGGCGCAGCAGGAGGCAUGGAAAGCAGACCGGUAGUGCUGGAGGUCGAGAAGCCAACUUCCCACCUGAAGGGAACUGGGUCCAGGAGUCCAAGGAUGAUGAAGGCCUGGACUCUUCUCAAGCCCCUUCAGGAAAAAGUCCUUGUGAGGCUGAAGGCAACUUGGAAAACGAUGGAGACUGUUUUCAGGCCAAAUCUGAAGGGGCCAAAUGUGGACUUGAGAGGGAAGAGGCCUGCUUCCAGGGUGAUGAAGCGAGCAGAAACAAUAAGGAAGGACUGGAAAGGAGAGAGGCCUGUUUCCUUGACAACUUGGACAUCGCAGGGAAUGAGGAAGGCACAGGAACUCGCUUCUGUGAUGGCCUCACUGGAGUGGAUGAAGAUGAGAAACCAGCCUCAGGUCAGCCCAGCUCUUUCCACUGUGCUGAAGUUGCCACUGACUGGCAGGCUGAGGUCACUCAUAUGUGUUCUGACUGUGGACAUUCUUUCCCUCAUGCCACUGGCCUGCUAAGCCAUAGGCCCUGCCACCCACCAGGCAUCUAUCAGUGCUCCCUCUGCCCAAAGGAGUUUGAUUCUCUGCCUGCCCUGCGUAGCCACUUCCAGAACCAUGGGCCUGGGGAGGCAACCUCUGCACAACCUUUCCUUUGCUGCCUCUGUGGCAUGAUCUUCCCUGGCCGGGCUGGCUACAAGCUUCACCAACGCCAGGCUCACAGUACCUCUGGGAUGACUGAAGGCUCAGAGGAGGAGGAGGAGGAGGAGGAAGGAGCAGCAGAGGCAGCUUCUACCCAGAACCUUCCACUGCAGCUCUCAGAAGCAGAACUACUGAAUCAGCUGCAGCGGGAGGUGGAAGCACUGGAUGGAGCAGGUUAUGGGCACAUCUGUGGUUGCUGUGGUCAGACUUAUGAUGACCUGGGGAGCCUGGAGCGUCACCACCAAACGCAAAGUUCUGGGAAUACCACAGACAAGACUCCCACCCACUUGGGAACAUCAGGUGAUACCAUGGAUAUAGUUGCAGACUGUGUCUCUGAAGACACGGUGACCUCUGUCUCUGGAGAAGGUGGAGACAUAAAGUCUGAAGAGGGAGUAGGUGCCACAGUUGCAGAUGGCCUUUGCAUUCAGGGUAGUGAAAAUUUUCUGGAGGCCCAACCUCGCCCCUUUCGCUGCAACCAGUGUGGCAAAACCUAUCGCCAUGGUGGCAGCCUGGUGAACCACCGCAAGAUCCACCAGACUGGAGACUUCAUAUGCCCUGUCUGCUCCCGCUGCUACCCUAACAUGGCUGCCUACCGUAAUCACCUGCGGAACCACCCUCGCUGCAAAGGUUCUGAGCCCCAGGUGGGGCCCCUCCAAGAAGCAGGAGGCAGCAGUGAUCCCCAGAAUAUAGCAGAGGAGAGGCCAGACCAGGCAGAAGCAGGGAAGCUCCAGGAAGAACUGAAAGUGGAGCCCCUAGAGGAGGUAGCGAGGGUGAAAGAAGAGGUAUGGGAGGAAACUGCUGUGAAGGGGAAGGAGAUAGAGCUGAGGAUGGAGACUGCAGAGAAGGGCUGCCAGACUGAGGCAAGCUCUGAGCGGCCCUUUAGCUGUGAGGUGUGUGGCCGGUCAUACAAGCACGCUGGCAGCCUCAUCAAUCACCGGCAGAGCCACCAGACUGGCCACUUUGGGUGUCAGGCUUGUUCCAAGGGCUUCUCAAACCUCAUGUCCCUCAAGAACCACCGGCGCAUCCAUGCAGAUCCACGACGUUUUCGCUGCAGUGAGUGUGGGAAGGCCUUCCGUCUGCGGAAACAGCUGGCCAGCCACCAACGGGUUCACAUUGAGCGGCGUGGGGGUGGGAGCACCCGAAAGCUGACUCGGGAAGAUCGGCCCUUUCGGUGUGGUCAGUGCGGAAGGACCUACCGCCAUGCUGGCAGCCUCCUGAAUCACCGACGCAGCCAUGAGACAGGCCAGUACAGUUGCCCCACCUGUCCUAAGACCUACUCCAACUGCAUGGCCCUCAGGGACCAUCAGAGGCUGCAUUCAGAAAGUCGGCGGCGGCGGGCAGGACGAUCCCGACGGGCAGCUGUGCGCUGUGCACUCUGUGGCUGUGGCUUCCCUGGCCGGGCAUCUCUGGAGCGGCACCUGCGGGAACAUGAGAAAACCAAAAUGGAGCCAGAUAGUGGCCAGGGAGGCGCAAAGGACACAGAGAGCAGUGAGGGGGCUGAUGACUGCAAAGGACUAGAGGACAGAUCAAGGGAUGCUGAGUUAGUACCACAGCUGGAAGAUGAAGCAAUGAGGCCAGGGGAUCAUAGGCAGAGCCCCAUCAGAAAAACAGGUUCAGAAGCCACAGAACCACCAUCCUGGGGCACAGAGAAGACAGAUGGGUGGCGAGGAGACGACAGACUGGUGAAUCAUGAUGGAAGCUGGGUUCCCCAGGGUCAGGUCCUCACCAAGCCAGAUGAGUCAGAGGACAGCGUUUCUAGAAGUCCCUGCCACCUUGGUGAUAGCCAGUCCAAUGGACCUAGUCUAAAUCACAUGGGUACUUGGGAUAAUGGAGACACCAGCUCUGAAGUCCAGGUGGAGAGCUGCUCCUCUACCUGCAGCCAGUGUGACAAGGCCUACUGCCCAUCAGGUGGUCUCUUGAACCACCACAACACCCACAAGACAGAUCGCCACUAUUGCCUGCUCUGCUCCAAAGAGUUCUUGAAUCCUGUGGCCACUAAGAGCCACAGCCACAACCAUAUAGCUGCCCAGACCUUUGCCUGCCCAGACUGUGGUCAGACCUUUCAGUCCCACCAUGAACUGGCCAGCCACCUGCAGACUCAUUCCACAGGCCAUAGUCAGGUCCUGACCCACAUAGAGGAGGCCAGAGGUCUUUUGGCUGUGACUGUAAAGGAUGAUGUGGGGCUCUCUGAUCAAGGGAAAGCUCAGGAGGCUCCAUCGGAACACCCUAGGACCCUGGAAGAAAAUGCCGAGAAAGCUAGUGGAGGGCAAGGAACAAAUGUCACAGUGGCUGAAGACAAGGAACGACCCUUCCGCUGUGCCCAGUGUGGGCGAUCCUACCGACAUGCUGGCAGCCCGCUGAACCAUCAGAAGGCCCAUACCAUUGGACUUUAUCCCUGCUCCCUCUGCCCCAAACUUUUACCCAAUCUGCUGUCUCUUAAGAACCAUGGCAGGACCCACACAGACCCCAAGCGCCAUCGCUGCAGCAUCUGUGGCAAGGCCUUUCGGACAGCUGCCCGGCUGGAGGGCCACGGGCGUGUCCAUGCACCCCGGGAGGGGCCUUUCACCUGCCCUCACUGUCCUCGUCACUUCCGCCGCCAAAUUAGCUUCCUGCAGCACCAGCAGCAGCACCAGGAGGAAUGGACAGUGGCCAGCUCUGGAGCCCCAGUGGCACCAGCAACAGGUAGAGCGGACUUGUCAUUGCCCCCUCCAUCCACCCCCAUGACCCCACUCCUGGACCCUUCACCCCAGUGGCCUGCAGACUUCAGCUUCUCUCUCUGAACUUCAUCUCCAAAGAUCAGAAUAUUGGAGAAGGGGGUGCGGGCAAGGAGGGGCUUGAUCUCCAUGUUUCACUCAGGAGUAGUUUGGGCAUCCCCAUCUCUUUUCUUCUCUCCCUGUGAAGAGGACCCAGGCUGUCAUCCAGGCUUUGCCAGGAUGCUUGGUCACCCUCAUCAACUGGGUUCCAAUACCAGGGAGAGGCAGAUUCGGAGACCACCAUGGGUGAGAAUGUUGCCUGUGAAAGGGGAGCCUUUUGCUACAAUUUGUAACUUAUUUUCUAAAGUCUAUUUUGUAACAAUUUAUUUAAGUUUAAAAAAAGGAAAAUUGCUCCCCCACAAAAAAG